GUCAGCUCAUUUCUUCCCAGCUUCAUUUGCGUCAUGGCGGCUCGGGGCCUCGGCGGCUCAGGCCUGCUUGAGCGGAACCUAUCGUGCCUUCUUCUUCUUCUUCUGACCGACCUGCGGGCCCGGCAGGCCUGUUAGUACCGGGUGGGGGAAACCAGCGCGGGGCUGCAGGCAGCCCAAGGCAGUCUUUCUGCAUGGAAGCUCCUGGGGAUGAUUUGAUAGUUUCAGCUUCAGCAAGAGAAUGCCCUAUUUUGACAUCUUUCUGUCUUCAUAACUUGUGGUAACAGCAGUCCUGUCCUGGAUUUCUAAAUAGUGAAGCAUCUGGAAUUACAAUCAUGACUUCAAGACGAACAGAUGUUCCUGCUAUAGAACAUGGCUCUGAAAGCCUUCUAGGGAAGAUAUCCCAUCCAAUUGGAAUGAAUCGUCGGGCAUUCAAUUACGAUGAUGCCUUGGAGGAUACAGCACCAAUGACUCCUCCUCCUUCAAACAUGACCACCAAUAUCUUAUGGAAAGAACCAGUCAUUCCAGAUCACAAAUAUGAAAAGAUUUCCCAGGUUGGGGAAGGGGAGACUAGCAUGCAUGCCUCUGCCAAAAUCCCCCCAUCUUCAUCUGAGGGGAACAAGACACCAGUAGUGAAGGCCAAAGCCACCCACAUCAUCAUGAAUUCUCUUAUUGCAAAACAAACCCAGGAGAGCAUUCAGCGAUUUGAACAGCAGGCAGGGCUAAGAGAUGUCGGCUACACUCCACACAAAGGCCUCACUGCAGAAGAAACAAAAUACCAUCGUGUGGCUGAGUCAUUUCAUAAUUUGAAAAUGCAAAGUGGAGAGAUGGUGAAAGAAGAUAAACAGGCCUCUUCUGCCCAGUCCACACCAAGCAGCACUCCUCAUUCUUCUCCCAAGCGCUCAUACAGAAGCUGGUUUAGUCAUGGAGCUUAUACUUCAGUUGCUGGUCCUGAUCGUGGCCCCGUGGAUUCCAACAGUGGUGAUAGUGAUAAAGUACCAUCUGAAAAAUGGAGCAUUUUUGGACCUAGAGCUCUUCAGAGAUCUACUACUGAGUCAGGAGGCUUUGCCAUUCAGACAUAUAAGGGUGCUCAGAAGCCAUCUCCAAUGGAACUGAUGCGUAUACAGGCCACUAGGAUGUCAGAGGACUCUGCAAAUUUUAAGCCUCCCAAGAUGGAUAUUCCACCUAUCGAAGAGAAGAGGCGGUCUUCACAUUCUCACAAUCUUAAACCCCGGGACUUGAAUGUGCUUGCUCCCUCUGGCUUUUAGGAGUAUUUCUACUUAAGUGGUGCAAGUAUGUUCUUGUAUGUUCUCUGAUCUCAUCUUUAAGUAGAUUCCAUUCCACUCACGAAUCCCUGAUUUAAAAAGGUGACUCUAUGCCUUCUAGCCCAGAAUUAUAAAUGGGGGUGAAAUGAGAUCUGGAAAACUUUCUUAAUUUAUUGCCUUUUCCCUCUCAAAUGGCUCUCUGGGUACACUAUAAAGCAAAGUGAUCUACCACUGAAAUUUGGACCACAAGUUGUGUGCUGCUUUACAUAGGUAAACUUUAAAAAAUAUAGCUAUAAAAUAGUUGAAACUGUUUUGAAUAUAUGUGCUCCCAUUACUAAAUUGUAGCCAUGGUUCUGUGAAAAGACUGAAAUAGAAUAUCACUGAAACCAGACAUUCCCAUACUUCCUUGGGAGGCAAAGGAUUCCAAAAUAAAAUUACUUAAUAGAACAUGAGAAUAUUUUUAAUUCAGCUGUUCAGUUUGUGAAUGUUACAAUUAAUGAUUGAUUAAAUGUUUAUUUUUACAGAUUUAUAUUUUAGAAUCAUUCACUGAAAGAUAAAAAUAUGUAAUAUAUGCUUUAAGGCAAAUGAGCAUAUAUAUUAUUUCUGUUUCUUUAGUCUAAUGUUAAAUGUCAAGUGAAUGGUAUUUUACAGCAGUGGGAUGAAAACUUAUAAAGCAUUCCUCUACAAUAAAACCUUUUUUCUUGAAUAGCAAAUUUUCACGAACCCUUUUUAUGUCCUAAAUUGGUCCUAUACCUUAUUCAAUCCAAAUUCCUAUAAAUUGUGGGUGCUUCUAUAUCUAAGUGACGUAACACUCCAUUUUUCUUCACAACAGCUGCAUCUUGGACCUGUAUUGCUUUGAUAGUGCUGUGUCAGCUCAUCACUGCUUGUACCCAGGAGACAGUGAUCUUGCUUCUUGGUUAAUGUUUAAUUUAUUUGGUAGUGUUUUACGCUCAUGUCUCUAUGCCUAAUACUUUUGCAGAAUAAACAAACAUGAA